UCAAUAUUCACCAGCGCAAGACAAAUAAUCAGAUGAAAUGUUUCCAAAUAAAGCCGUUGUGACAUGUGUAUUAUUGUGGACAUUACAUGGUGAAGGGUUUCUGCUUCUGAAUGUCCCCCAUGGAGAGAGCGUUCAUCUAAAUUGUACUGACCUGCACUGGAGUGAUAUCAAUUUUGAAACUUGGAGUAUCACAGAGAAAACAGGCCAUCAGUGUAUUGUUGCAAUACUGUGGAACCAGAAUAAAACAAAUACUUGCAAAAGACACAUAAGCAUUGAAACCUCUAUGGAGGGAAAGCCUUUUUUACGCAUAUCGUUUUUCACGAGAAUAGAUGAAGGAACCUAUAAAUGUGAGACCAUAUACAAUGGUGGGUUCCUCACUAAUCAUUUUCGCUUAACUGCAACAGAAACAAGGCAUGUGCAAGCACACGUUGAAAAAGACUUGACUUUAAGCUGCUCAGACCGAAACUGGACAGAAAUAAGUUCUGAAACCUGGAAAAUGCGCAGUUGGAAUGGCUCAGAAUGUGUGCUCAUUUUUCAAAAAGAGCCUCCUGACUUGAAAAACUCUUGUGCAGAUGAAAGAAUACAGCUUCAGAUGACAAGGGAUAAUAAAAUACUUCUUCAUAUAUCACAAUUUACUUCACUGGAUGAAGGAGUUUAUAUUUGUGAGUCUGCAUACAAUGGAUGGAUGGACAAAAUUCAGUUUACCGUGUCUUUAGUAGAAUCAGACCCCAAAGAUGAGAUACCAGUGAAAUGGAUUGUCCUCUGCAUUUUUAUUGCAUGUUUUCUGAUAACAUUUGUUUUUCUCAUUUUGUUCUUAACAAGGAGAUCAUAUUGCUGACUGUAGGAUGGAUUACAAUAGAUUCUGGGCUCCAAGGAUGCCUUACUUGUAUUUUUUUUACUUUUUCACUAAUGUCAAAUGAACACUAAAACUUUAAAAAUUGUGUGUAACGGGGCAAAACAAGCUGCA